CACCUAUUCACCAAAGAAGCACUCCGGAUUGUUUCAGUGUGAUUUCAGUUCUAACUGUUUUGAUUUGGUAUGUAAGAACUGAAAUUGUCCGCGCGAAAAUGUUAAAGCUAUUUAGGCGCAACGGCUGGUGGACUUUGCAGCUCCAAAGCACUCCCCGGCAACCCAAUUCCGGCUCGUACUUUCACUCCUCCACAACCGCAAGAGGCUGCGGUACUGAAUCGCAACCCACUCGCGUCGCUUCACCCCCGCCGGUCCAAGUAGGGUUCACCGAGUUCUCUGGUCGAGGGGUGUUUGCUAAGCGUAUGAUCUGGGCCGGCGAGAUGAUCCAUACAGCUAAACCCAUUGUAUCUCAUCCUUCUCUAUCCUCACUCCACGCUGUGUGUUAUUCCUGUCUCAGAAAGCUCCGAAACCAGCAAUGCCGAGCCCAAAGUGUCUCAUUUUGCAGCCAGGGGUGCGAAGAACAUUCCCGAAUCUAUUUUGCAGUUGAAAACAAAGCCGAUUGGUCCGCUUUUCAUGAGUAUUGCAGUACGCAUGGUCUGAAGUAUCCACUUUUGGUUAAGCGGCUGGCUUGCAUGAUAAUAGCAAAUGUUGCUUCUGCUGACAUCCUUGACUUACUUCAACCAGCAACUCUAUCUUCAACUAUGAUUCCAUUGAUGGAGAAAGAAUUACACUUGCUAAGAAGCACUUUUGCAGAUGCACAAAUAUCGGAUAAGCAGAUAGCAUUUCUAACCGGCCAAUGGUAUAUUAGUGUAAUAGCAAGGAUUCGCAUCAACGCCUUCCGCAUUGAAUUGGCUGGAGAAUCAUAUGAAGACCUUCUUUCAUCAGCUGCAGCACUAAUACAAGCAGAGGCUGCUGUUGGAAAUGCUGUUUAUUUGCUACCAUCCAUGUACAAUCACGACUGUGAUCCUAAUACACAUAUCGUGUGGCUACAAAAUGCAGAUGUAAAAUUGAAGGCUCUUCGUGACAUUGAAGCAGCAAUUGCAGGAGAGGAGUUGCGGAUUUGUUACAUAGAUGCAAGUAUGAACCGCAACGCCAGGCAAACGCUCCUAUAUGAAGGAUUUGGCUUCAAAUGCAGCUGUUUGCGAUGCAUGUCUGAUGAGUGAGCAACCUCCUUUGAAGUUCACCAUCUUUGAUUUCUGAGCAAUACUCUCCGUCACUUACCAGGGCUAUAAAAACUCAAAUGGCAGGCAAGCCCCCAUCAAAGUAGGUUCUUUUACUUGUAGCUAAAUUUUAGAUGCAUAAUUUGAUGCCAGAGAAAGCUGGACUUUACUGAUUAAUCAUUGAGUUGUAUGUAAAAGUUUCAAUGUUCAGGACUUGUCUCGUUUGAUAAAGGCUAGUGAUUUUUCAGUUUGUAUAUGGUAUGUCUGGAUUUACUAUUCAUGCAAGUUGAAUGUGCAAUUCCUUGAAGAGAAUAAAGAAACUUCA